GUUAGUGCAACAAUUUAAUAAACCCAGUUCGGUUAUAAAACUAUUAUUUUGUUAUAAAAAUUCGGUGAAGUAGUGAAUUUUAAUACAAGUUUUAUUAAUGAUAUUUGCUGCGUCAAGUUAUGUACACGUUUUUUUUUAAAGUCAUAGAAUCUCUGUGUCAAUGCACUUUUAUGUGAAAGUGUACACUCUGGUCUUCAACUACACAAAAGAUAUGAGGGAACCCCCUAUACCGCUUCUAAAACCGCCCCGAAUAUAACCUAUCAUGUUUAACUUAUUGAAAGAUGACCAAAAGAUAUUCUCUCAUGAGUGAGAGUUGCCAUCGGACUUGUUUGUUUUUAUUAUUUUCCUUUUGUUUCCGAUUCACUCACGCUUAUUUGCUGCUAGUUGACGACAUACUACAACCAGGAGAUGUGAUCUUCAACGCAUCGGUUUACCGACUGGGGUCAGACAGGCUCUACAAAAUCAACGACAAGAGAUCAGCCCCUUUUGUGCAGUCGUUAGUGCACGUAGACCCAAAAACCGGGCAGGUCUCCCUGAUAGAGGGCCUACAGUGUAAUGGGAUAUAUUAUCCCAACUUAUUUACGGUACAUAUUGAUUCUACGUCUAACCGACUGAGAGACAUAGAUUACUAUAGUUUACCUAUAAGGAUAUUUAUUAUCGGUAAAGACUGUACGGACCACGCUGAGGAGAAUUUAGAAUAUUUAGAUGAAUUUAGCAGAGAAAGAAGAAGUCUGAGACCCAGGAGAAAUGCCUGGAAUCCUUUUUCUCACAUACAUCCGUCGAUAAAGCAGAGAAUUAUCGAAGCCAAACAAUGGGUAUCCGAAACAUAUGCUUCUUUUGCUAUACCAACCACAGGAAAAUGGCACAAGAUCUGCCUGAGGCAGUCUCAGUUUAUCAACUCCAUAACAGCUUUUUUACCAAAUACAAUAAGCACUUAUUGCAACGUAACGUUUCGCUAUGUGAGCGACGACCGAUUCGAAAUCGAGCACAGUCAGGGCGAUCUUGUCGCCAGUAGAGACGUCUGCAUAGUCGAACAAAUGUGGAGGGUUACGAUUUUAUUCUCCACCUUCUGUCAUCAUGUACCUGUUCUUAACUCCGAGCAUCGACUCAAAAUUGUUUACCACCAUCAAGAAUUUAACGAUACUGACAUGGCGAAACGGAUCAGGAGGGAACUGAGGAAUCAGUCUCCUUUCUUCGAACAACAUUUAUAUGUCGCUAGCGUUCUAGAGGAAUGUGAACCACCUGUCGUCGUUACCACUGUAAAAGCCCGUGAUCCCGAGAAUAGUCCUAUAACUUACUCAAUGACGAGCCUUCUAGAUUCUAGGACUCAGGCAAUGUUUGACAUUGACGAGAAAUCUGGUGUGAUAAAUACGAAAGUGCAGUUGGAUCGAGAAUUGGUUGACGUGCACUAUUUCCGCGUUACUGCCACUGAUGACAGUUUUCCUCCUAGAUCUGGUACUACUAUGCUACAAAUAAACGUAUUAGAUGCAAACGAUCACUCACCUGUUUUUGAAAUGACUGAAUAUGACGCCAGCAUUAGAGAAAGUGUAAGCGUAGGCACCACGGUAAUAACACUUAAGGCUACUGAUCAAGAUAUAGGUAAAAAUGCUGAAGUGGAAUACUCUAUUCAGAGUAUAAAUGGCGGGGGAAUCUCCUCUGAAGAGGAAGAUAAUCACGCAUUUAAGAUAGACUCUAAAACUGGAGUCAUAACUACAAGGACAAUGCUGGAUAGGGAAACAACCGAGGUGUAUACUAUGAUCGUUCAAGCUACUGAUUUAGCUAAUCCUCAGACAGCAAGGCGAUCCUCUAGUGCUAGUGUUGUUAUACAUAUCUUGGAUGAUAACGAUAAUUAUCCUCAGUUUUCAGAAAGGACGUACACCGUCUCAUUAAAUGAAGAUAUCAAUUGGUCUGAAAACCCCGUUAUUGCACAUAUCAAAGCCACAGAUGCCGAUCAGGGGGUGAACGCAGCAAUAAGAUAUGCAAUAAUAAGCGGAAAUACUCAAUCCCAGUUUGCCAUCGACAGUUUAACGGGUGAUGUUUCUCUAGUCAAACCCCUCGACUACGAAACCCUUCGCAACUAUCGCUUAGUGAUAAGAGCACAAGACGGUGGAAGUCCUGCUCGCUCAAACACUACUCAGCUACUAAUAAAUAUUAGAGAUGUAAACGAUAACCCUCCAAGAUUUUACACCUCACUUUUUCAAGAAAGUGUCCUAGAAAAUGUUCCUACAGGCUAUAGUAUAGUACGAGUGCAGGCCUACGAUGCUGACGAAGGGCCUAAUGCCGAAAUUAAGUACACUUUAUCACCUCGAGAUGCGACAGGGGGCAGCACCGAGGACUUGCCCCUGGCAGUAGAUUCUCAUUCCGGAUGGAUAUAUACAACAAAAGAAUUAGAUAGGGAAGACCAGCCUAAAUAUAUGUUUCAGGUUAUUGCAACUGAUCAAGGCGUUCCGCCUCAGUCAGCAAGUGCAAGUGUAGUAAUAACGGUUCAAGAUGUUAAUGACAACGACCCCAUUUUCGAACCGAAAAUCUAUGAAUCCGUAGUUGCGGAAGACGAUCAGCUAGGAACCCCAGUUGCUACAGUCACAGCGACAGACCCUGAUGAAGACAGCCGACUUCAUUAUGAAAUAACUAAUGGUAACACCAGAGGGCGCUUUGCCAUAACCUCGCAAAACGGAAGGGGAUUGAUAACAAUAGCUCAACCACUGGAUUAUAAACAGGAGAAAAGAUAUAUUUUGACUGUAACGGCUACAGAUUCUGGAGGAAGGACAGACACAGCUACGGUUUAUGUUAAUGUGACCGAUGCGAACAACUUUGCACCUGUUUUUGAGAACGCACCUUAUACAGCAAGUGUAUUUGAAGACGCUAUAGUUGGAACUACUGUGUUAGUAGUGUCAGCUACUGAUAAUGACGUGGGGUUGAACGCACAGAUAACUUAUUCUCUGGGAGAGGACUUGGGAGAAACAGGCAAAGAUCCUGUCUUUUCAAUCAAUCCACAGACAGGAGCGGUAGUAACUACAAAACAUUUAGAUAGAGAAACUGUUUCUGGAUAUUUGCUUACCGUUACGGCAAGAGAUGGUGGAAACCCACCACUAUCAGACACGACUGAUGUAGAAAUCACCGUAACGGACGUGAACGAUAAUUACCCUGUGUUUAAACAAGCGGCCUACUCUGGGAGCGUACCGGAAGAUGCUCUAGUCGGAACUUCUGUCGUUCAGGUCUCGGCUACCGAUGCCGAUGUGGGAUUAAACGGUAGAAUCCACUAUUCCUUGAGUGAAAAGGACCAAGAAGAUGGUUCCUUUGUAAUAGACCCUACAAGUGGGGUUAUCAGAACGAAUAAAGGUCUCGACAGAGAAUCUGUUGCCUACUAUGAACUGGAAGCUUAUGCUAUAGACCGAGGUUCACCGACACUGAGUAGUUCCGUGCCUGUUACUAUUCGAAUAGAAGAUGUAAACGACUCUCCUCCGGCUUUCGAUUCGGACAAAAUCGUGUUGUACAUCCCAGAAAACAGCCCCAUUGGAUCCACUGUAGGUGAAAUAUAUGCCAAAGACCCUGAUGAAGGCGUUAAUGCCAUCGUUCAAUAUUCUAUUAUCGGCGGCGAGGACUCGCAAAGCUUUUCGCUAGUCACCAGGCCCGGUUCCGAGAAGGCAGAACUGCUCACUAUGGUUGAAUUGGACUAUGAAAGCCCUAAGAAAAAGUUUGACUUGAUUAUCAGAGCUGCUAGUCCACCUUUACGCAGUGACGCACAUGUAGAAGUUAUCGUAACAGACGUCAAUGACAACGCUCCUGUAUUAAAAGACUUUCAAGUCAUGUUCAACAACUUUAAAGAUUGUUUCCCGACAGGGCCCAUCGGUAAAAUACCGGCCUUCGAUGCUGACGUAUCCGACAAAUUGCAUUACAAAAUUUUAUCUGGAAACAACGCAAAUUUAGUCGCUUUGAACGAGACUAGCGGGCAGUUGCAGUUAUCGCCGCAGCUUAACACCAAUGUGCCUAAAGUAGCGUCUAUGGAAGUGUCUGUGAGUGACGGAGUGAAUGAAGUAAAAGCGAUAAUGCAACUUUCCGUGCGAUUAAUUACUGAUGAAAUGCUUUUCAAUUCGAUCACCGUGCGUUUGAAUCAAAUGACGAAAGAAGCGUUUUUGUCGCCACUGCUUGGUUUUUUCUUGGAUGGUUUGGCUGCUAUCAUCCCUUGUCCGAAAGAAAAUAUAUUCAUUUUCAGUAUACAAGACGAUACGGACGUGAAAUCAAAAAUAUUAAAUGUUAGUUUUUCUGUUAGAAGACCAGAUGUGCCUAAGGAAGAAUACUAUUCCCCUCAGUUUCUUCAAGAGAAAGUUUAUUUGAACAGAGGUAUCCUUAUGAGAUUGUCGACUGUACAAAUUCUACCAUUCGAUGACAAUCUGUGCGUAAGGGAACCAUGCUUGAACUACGAAGAAUGUCUAACCGUGUUAAAAUUCGGUAACGCGUCUGGAUUUAUAGCUAGCGAUACGGUUUUAUUCAGACCUAUUUAUCCAGUCACUACUUUUACUUGCCAGUGUCCGAAAGGUUUCACUGGCUCCCGGGAACAUUACUUGUGCGAUACCGAAGUGAAUCUAUGCUACUCUUCACCCUGCAAAAACAACGGUACCUGUAAGGUUAGGGAAGGAGGUUACACUUGCAUUUGCCCCGAGAGUUACGCUGGAGAUAAUUGUGAAAUAAAAUUGGAAAAAGACACCUGUAAACAACAUUUAUGUCAGAAAGACAAGACGUGCAACCCAAAGCCGGGCAGGUCAGGUUUUGCUUGUGAAGAAUGCAAUCUGAUGACUGAAGCGGAACACUACUCGCCUCUAUGCGAGCUUAAGAGCAGGAGCUUUUCCAAAACCUCGUUUUUAACGUUUCCCAGCCUAAAACAACGCCACAGGCUGCAUAUUAAAUUGCGGUUUGCAACUCAGGCACAAAACGGUCUUUUACUGUAUAACGGGAGAUACAACGAACGACACGAUUACAUCGCUUUAGAAAUUGUUAAAGGAAAUGUGCAGUUCUCGUUUUCCCUGGGAAGUGACAUCACCAAAGUGACAGCUUCCAUUCCUGGAGGGGUCUGUGAUGGAAAAUGGCAUUCCGUAUCUGUUUUGUACUUCAACAAAACCGCGACAGUGUCCGUAGACGAAUGUGAUACUGCUAUAGCACUCAAACACGGCAAAGAACUAGGAGGAAACUGGGCUUGCGCGGGAUAUGCCGAACAUCAACUAGAAGAUCGUUGCGCCUCUCUUACAGAAACCUGCCACAGAUUUCUCGACUUGACAGGUCCCUUGCAGUUAGGAGGCGUACCUCCAGUUUUGAGUAUUUUCCAAAUUAGUAACCUCCAUUACGAGGGCUGCAUCUCACAGCUGGAGAUAGACUAUAAAUUCGUAGAUUUGAAUACAUUUGUUACUGAUAACGGCACCAUUGCUGGGUGUCCAGAAAAACGAUCGUUCUGCAAGUCAAGACCUUGUAAAAACGGAGGUAAGUGCAUAGAAGGUUGGGCAAUGUACAGAUGCGUUUGCCCCCAAGGUUUUGGUGGAAAAGAUUGCAGUGAGAUGAUCAGCAAGCCUUGGCAUUUUUCGGGAGACGGGACUCUUUCUUUUAACCCGCUCCUCCGACCUAUCCAGCUGCCUUGGUUGAAUGCGUUGUCCAUUAGAACCCUGCAGGAGGAUACUUUCCUUAUGUCCAUACAAGUUGGCCAAAAUAGCUCGGCUGUCAUUUCCCUGAGCAGAGGCUUACUCUUGUAUUCGUACAAUGGAGAAUCUUUGUCUUUGAGUUCGAAAGUCUUGUCUGAUGGUGAAUGGCAUCAUAUAGAAGUGACGUGGAUCGGUACUGAAAUAAAACUGUCAAUCGAUUAUGGUGAAAAUAAUGAAGUUAUACCGUUUACGGAGAAAAUACAAGGACUGUAUGUGGGGAAAAUACUAAUUGGUGGCCCUGAUAACACGUACAGUAGUCUCAAUGCUGGGUAUAAUUAUUUGGAAGGUUGCAUUCAGGAUGUAAGGAUCGGUAAUCAGCAAACACCUCUGAACAGACCAACGGUGAAAGAAAAUGUGGAAGAAGGCUGUUACUCGCCUAACGAAUGCCAAAGCGAGUGUCCAUCGACAUCGCAAUGCGUCACCGAAUGGGGCAGAUCCCACUGCGAGUGCAACGAAGGCCACAUAGGCCCUUUGUGUGUCCCAGUUUGCUCUGUAACACCAUGUGAAAAUGGCGGUAGUUGCAUAGAAGAGAAAUCCGAGCAAAAAAGUUACCAAUGCAAAUGCAACUCCUCUGAUUUUUCUGGAGAAUACUGUGAGAACAAGCAGUCCCAACCGUGCCCGGCUAGCUGGUGGGGCUAUCCGGUAUGCGGCCCAUGCCAGUGUGACGUUGAUGCAGGUUAUAAUCCCGACUGUGAUAAGAUAACGGGGAAGUGCCAUUGCAGAGAAAAUCACUACCAGCCGAGCGGUACAACUCAGUGCUUACCUUGUGAUUGUUAUCACGUGGGAUCUUACAGCACUCAGUGUGAUCAUGAAACAGGCCAGUGCAGGUGUCGGGAUGGCGUGAUUGGUCUAAAUUGUGAUUCUUGUCCAAAUGCUUACGCAGAAGUAACCCUAAAAGGGUGUGAAGUUGUGUAUGAUGGGUGUCCGAGGUCCUCGUCAAAUGGAAUUUGGUGGCCGAGGACCAUAUUUGGUUUAGAAGCAAUAGAAGCUUGUCCUAAGGGGUCAUACGGCAAGGCUUCAAGAAACUGUGAUAACGAAUUGGGUGGUUGGCAGGAACCUGAUAUGUUUAAUUGUACUUCAGAGAAGUUCGUCCAACUUCGAGAGCAGCUAUCCAAAAUAAAAUCAGACGAACUUCAACUCAACACGUUCGUCGCUAUAAAAUUAGCCCUCGAUCUCCAGCAGGCAACUAACCUAACAAAAAACUUGUAUGGUGCCGACGUUCUGGUAACAUACGACUUAAUAAAAGAGUUACUCAACUACGAGUCAAAGGUACAAGGGUUGAAUCUCACGCAUAGCCAAGAUAAAGAUUAUAUAAAUAAUUUGGUGCAUUCCGCUAGCAUAAUACUAACAGAAAAAUAUUACGACCACUGGUUGAGAAUCAAGCAACUAACUGGCGAAAGUGCGGAGCAACUAAUUGGGCUUAUCGAGAAAUAUAUCAACAUUUUAUCGUUGAGUCAACAUGAUACUUAUACGAGUCCGUUCGAAAUAGUUUCUCCAAAUAUGGUUUUGGGUCUGGAUGUUGUGACUCCUGAAUCGUUAUAUGGAUUUGAGCCUGGCACCACCGCACAACUUCUGCCAGGCCAACAGUCUUAUACAACCGAAAGCGUUAUUCUACCCGAUACCUCCCAAUUUCUGGAGGAAAAAAUGUCGCAUCACGCUCAUGGUCCACUUGUGGCCUUUCCCAAAUACAAUAACUACCUCUUAGACACCUCUAAGUUCGACCAAAACACUCGUAUUCUAAUUCCUUUAACGUUACUCGGUAUAAAACCCUUAGAAAGCGGAGAGGUGCUGACUAAAAAUAACCUACCCGACGAUGGAGCUGUUAUAAGCUAUGCCCAGUAUAAACAAGCAGGAAUUUUGCUUCCGAAGUCUUACGAUGACUCCGUGGUACGGAGAUGGGGAGUUGAUAUAACAAUUGGCUCGCCUAUUAUUUCGGUCAGCGUCCUAGUACCCGAAUAUGUAGACAGUACCCCUAAAACCACCGAGAGAAACAUUGUUUUUGAGGAAGCCAGUCCGCCUAGCGGUAAAGAUAAUCAGAGCCCUUGGAAGAAGAGGAUGUUCGACGAACCGGAAGUAAUAAUUCAUGAAAACGACGCUCAGUACCUCAGAACAGGAACAGGAAGAACGAGGAGAGACAAAAAUGUUUAUAAAAAGCUGUUGUAUAAAAGUUUGUCUGGAAUUCGCUUGCCCACGCCCAUUAGGUUGCAGAUGUGGCUGGAUUCGAACUACACAGCUUUUAACGAAAGGUCCAAUCCACAGUGUGUUCACUGGUCAACAAUCAAAGGUUUUGGAGAAUGGUCUCGUGUUGGUUGUAGAACAGAGAUAGAUGAGACUUGGUUCGACCGAUACAGUGAAUCUCCACUAUUAGUUAACUGCAGUUGUAAUCAUUUAACUACAUUUGCAGUAUUAGUGGAUGUGGUUGAUUUAGAGUACAUUCCUGAACCUUCUUUAUUAGAAGACGUUUCCAGUUAUAGUUGUUUUUCUAUCUCUCUACCGCUGCUGCUUGGAACUUAUCUGAUCUUAGCCCUCAUCAGAGGGCUACAAACCAACUCUAAUACCAUCAGAAAGAAUUUGGUGCUAUGCGUUUUUCUGGCAGAACUUUUAUAUUUUAUAGCUUUAAAAGCCAGAAAACCCAUGGUAGGGAAUGAGUUUGCUUGCAAAUUAAUAGCGAUUGGUUUGCACUACCUCUGGCUAGCUUCGUUUUCUUGGAUGCUCAUCGACGCAGUUCAUUUAUACAGGAUGUUGACGGAGAUGAGGGACAUUAAUCACGGUCCCAUGAGAUUCUACUAUAGCAUGGGAUACGUCGCUCCUGCAGUCGUAGUCAGUUUGGCAGUCGGUGUGCGUGCUCAUCAGUAUGGAAACUACUAUUUUUGUUGGGUGUCCCUAUAUGAGAGUGUCGUCUGGAGUCUCGUAGGACCAAUAUGCCUUCUAGUUCUUAUAAACUUGUGUGUUCUGGUAUUGUCCAUCAGGGCAGCCUUUACUCUACAGGACCACGUUUUGGGCUUCGGUAAUCUCAGAACUCUGUUGUGGGUCUCUGUUGUCGCCCUUCCUUUACUAGGUGCAACUUGGGUACUUGCUCUUUUGGACGCAUCCGAAAGGCACCCACUUCUGACACCUUUCUUAUCUGCCGCGGUAUUGAUCCAUGCUGGCUUCUCGUUGGCUGGAUAUUGUUUUGCUAACAAUAGGGUUAGGCAGAACCUUUUAAGAUCUAUCAUGAGGUGCAUGGGUAAGAAGGUACCAUUACUCGAAACAACCUCAGUUGUGGGAGUGCCAAGUACAAGCAGCCAAAAUAUCAGUGCAACUCAAUCGCGAUCGGCUUUGGCUUACCAUUCCAGUUUGGAUCCAAACAGGAGGAAUAUCGGAAUAUCCACUUCAAGUACGACUUCCAGAUCCACCACAAAGACAAGUUCUAGCCCUUACAGGAGUGAUACUCAUUUACGUCACACCUCCACAUCCACAUCAAAUUACAAUUCCACUAGCGAUGUUCCGUCUUAUUUAAGGGGUUUUGAACACGAAACGGGUUUACACAGGCACAGGGAAUUACCCGAGGAGGGCGAACGGAGGGAGAGAAGAACGGAAAGGGGGGGCGACACCGAUUCUGAUUCUGACGGAUCGGAGGGUAGGAGUCUGGAUCUGGCUUCCAGUCACUCCAGCGAUGACGAUGAGUCUAGUACGAGGAGGCAUCGGGCUAGGGGACCAAAUGGUAUGGGACCAGGUAGGCAGGGUUACCUCCCAAAUAUUACGGAGCAUGUGGUGUCAAGAUGUGGCACACCACCUUCUCUUAACGUCGUUACAAAUUCUCAACUGUUUCCAGCUAUUCAACCUACAUAUGGGCCUAGAUGGUCUAGCCAGCUGCCCGAAUCAUAUUUGCCUAACCCAAAUGUCCCGGAGGUGGGUCGUUGGUCGGCAGAGACAGCCUCGGACAAUGAAUUCUGCCACAAAAAUAACUCCCCCAAUCCUCUCCCAAACCCCGACGUCACCCCCGAAACUUGUCUGCCCACGUUACAGUCGGAACAGUACAUGGUCCGUACCCAUUACGAUAACCACUACAACCCCAACACUAUGGGAUUUAAGGGUGACUACAUGCCCAAAAUUAUGCCCCACGACAAUAUGAAUUAUCAGGAGUACGCAGAGAGGUGUUCCGAUAUUGAGGAAAAGCAUCACAUGAAUGAUAAAUAUCUCUUCCCGUAUACGGCCGAAGAAGACCACAUUCCGACCCAUAACAAUUACAUGCAUCCCGUUCAUCCGGGUAGCCGGAUGAUGUCGCCUAUAACCAACGACAUUAACAAUCCGGGCAUAGAUUUCCACCACGGCUCAACCAUAGGCUCCCACAUGGGAUCCAGAAUAGGAUCUGUAUUGGGGUCAGUUCAUGGAUCUGUAUGUGGUAGCGUACGGGGUUCCCCAUCUCCGUUAAUGCCACCCGUUUCCAUGAUACAUUCUGGACACCAUCCGGAACCACCUCAAUGGUGUUGGGAAUAUUCUAACAAGUAACUCUUUCAUUUGGGAAUACUAACAAGGAUCGAAGAAAAAAAUGAGGAAACUUCGGUAUGAUAAUUAUUUUUAUAGUAAGUGUACAAAUCACCCCUAUUUAUUAUUAGGUUCAACUUAUUUUUAGUCCUGUCACCUACCUUUAUCUCUUCACGACAUUUGCUAUAUAUAUUACAUGCUUAUAAUGUAAAAUUUAAAUAAUCGUAUUCUAAUACUCAGUAACACGUACUCAUUAAACUUAUAUAACAAACAUUCCGAUUAAGACUGUGUUAUGUAACAAUCUAACAACAUUCCGAAUUUACCUUCAGAAUUUUAAUUUAGGAGAAGAGCUAUACUGUAUCUGUAUAUUGUACUUAAAUAUAUAUUUAGGUAAGAUUGAAAAUUAAACGAAAUCAAAUCACUGUGGUUAAGAAACCGAAACACUAAGUUUUUUCUGUAGGGUUUACAGUGCCAUUCUCUACACCUCAAGAGUUCCGCUCACAUUCCCUACACUCUUAUGUAGAAAUGCCUAUUUAGAAAUAUCAUUUUAAUCUUUUCGCUGCACAAUACGUUUCAACUUAACUGCAGUACCAUCUGCAAAAGUUCACUGCAUGGGAAUACAUGUGGGCUGCUGGAAAAUUUCUGCAAAUGUGUAAAAACACUUGUAAAUUUUGAAAAAUGGCUAUUGUUUUUCAAAGUAUAUGCCCUUGAGAUUGAUACACUGUUGCAUAUGCUCGAAAGAAUUGGUGAGGUAUGCUUUCCACUCUGCUGCUGUAACCUCUGAAACCAGUGUUCCGAAGGCGUACUUUUGUUGGUUUCAACCAGUGGCGGCACGUGAACAUUGAAUGUGUUCUGCUUAGGGUUGUUACAUUUGUUGAAUUGAAUUCCUGGAUAUUAAGCGCCCGGAGAGUUUCUAAAUGGCGCUGCAGGCGAAAAAUUGUAAAAUUUUCAAG